ACCUGACAUGUGCUGUUUCUCUGCAGAUAAGACCUAAUCGUUGAAGUUUUGUGUAUGUGGUUGAUCUAACUCGACCAAAAGUAUUGAUUCUGUCCCCAUUUCCCUUCAAGCCUGUCUUUAGCACGACACAACAUAAAUCACAAAGUCAUUAUUUGUCUUUUUAUUUUUGGAUUCGUGAAAUUAAAAUGGGUAACAGUUCCUCUGCUCAAAGCUCAUCACCAUCUUUGCCCAUUGAUUCCACCUUCGAUCUUCCUUCUCCAUUGCCAUCUUGGCCUUCAGGAGAAGGGUUUGCAAAGGGCAGAAUAGACUUGGGAGGUCUUGAAGUUUGCAAUGUAACAGCAUUUAACAAAGUAUGGGCUGUAUACGAAGGAGGAAAAGAUAAUCUCGGAGCCACUUUCUUUGAGCCAUCUUCAGUACCUGAAGGCUUCUCGAUUCUCGGUUUCUACGCUCAACCAAAUAACCGCAGGCUUUUUGGAUGGACAGUUGCCGGGAAAGACCUCUCUGGCGACUCUUUAAGACCACCGGCGGAUUAUAUUCUUCUUUGGAGCGGCAAAUCCACAAAGGUAGGGAACAAUGGGGGCGAAACUGGAUACUUUUGGCAGCCUGUGCCUCCUGAUGGUUACAACGCAGUGGGUCUGAUUGUGACAACUUCGGCUGAGAAACCUCCACUAGACAAGAUCCGUUGUGUCCGUUCUGAUCUAACCGAUCAAUCCGAGCCUGACGCUAAGAUAUGGGAAACUAAUGGGUUUAGCGUUUCGAGUUCUAGGCCCCUUAACAGAGGAACACAAGCUUCUGGAGUCAGCGUUGGCACGUUCUUCGCAAACUCCUCAAAUCCAACCUUGGCUUGUUUGAAAAACAACAAAUUCAACUUUUCUUGCAUGCCAAGCAAGCUCCAGGUCGAUGCUCUGUUUCAAGCUUACGCUCCUUGGGUCUAUUUCCACAAAGAUGAGAAGUAUCUACCUGCUUCGGUCAACUGGUUCUUCAGCAACGGUGCCUUGCUUUACAAGAGAGGCGAGGAAUCAAACCCGAUCCCGGUCGAACCAAACGGCUCCAACCUUCCCCAAGGAGAAUCCAACGACGGUCUCUACUGGUUAGACCUACCAGUUGCUUCUGACGCAAGAAAACGAGUCCAAGGCGGGGAUUUACAGAGCAUGGAAGUGUAUCUGCACAUAAAACCCGUUUUCGGUGGAACCUUCACGGACAUAGCAGUGUGGAUGUUUUAUCCGUUCAACGGCCCAUCUCGGGCCAAGCUCAAGCUCGUCACAAUCCCGCUGGGGAGAAUCGGUGAACACAUUGGUGACUGGGAGCAUUUCACUCUCCGGAUAAGUAACUUCAGCGGCAAGCUACAUCGGAUGUACCUGUCGCAACACAGCCGAGGAAGCUGGAUCGAUGCUUCGGAGAUUGAGUUUCGAGGCGGGGGAAACAAACCGGUGGCUUACGCUUCUUUGAACGGACACGCAAUGUACUCGAAGCCGGGACUUGUGUUACAAGGCAAAGACGAUGUAGGGAUUCGGAACGAUACAGGAAAGAGUGAAAGAGUAAUCGAUACGGCGGUUAGGUUUAGUGUUGUUGCGGCGGAGUAUAUGAAAGAAGUGGAGGAGCCGGUUUGGUUGAAUUAUAUGAGACAUUGGGGACCAAAGAUUGAUUAUGGUCAUGAAGAUGAGAUAAGAGGAGUGGAGAAGAUUAUGGUCGGGGAGAGUCUUAAGAAUAUGUUUAGGAGUGCGAUUAAAGGAUUGCCUAAUGAAGUUUUUGGAGAGGAAGGGCCUACUGGUCCCAAGCUGAAGCGGAAUUGGUUAGGUGAUGAAGACUGAAUCUCCUCUGUUUUUUUCUUUCUUUUAAUGUUUGGUUUUUCGGAUUAUUAGCACCUUAGGGGACAUUUCCGAAGACAGUUAUAUUUCCUUUUGUGUGAUGUUUUGUACUCUUUGUAUUGUUUAAAAGUUUACCAUGAUUUACCAAGUUUAUCAUGUUUAAAAAGCUUGUAAUGUAAACAUUAUUAUAUGACUUUUGUGAAGAGACAGAUCGAUGGUAGUAUUUGUCCAUAGUAUAUAGCUACUAAUAAAACAUUGAAUCAUCAC